AUGCACUUCCUCAGCCUCCCUCUCUUCCUCUUUGCCACCGGAGCCUUUGCGCUCCCCAGCGAUGCCGUCGCCAGGGGCCAUGGCCAGAUUCGCUUCCCUGUCCCCGACAGCCUGACCGUCAAGGAGGCUCAGGCCAAGUGUGGUGACCAGGCGCAGCUCUCUUGCUGUAACCACGCUACCUACGCUGGAGAUACCACCGACGUCAGCUCUGGGAUCCUUGCGGGUACUCUCAGCCAUAUUGCCGGGACUGGUUCCGGGGCCGAUGGUCUUGGUCUCUUCGAUCAGUGCUCGCAGCUUGACGUACAAGUUCCUAUCCUCUUGGGUGCCAUUGGCGUCCAAGAUUUGAUCAAGAAGCACUGUCAGCAAAACAUUGCCUGCUGCCAGAACUCGCCCUCUAACGCCGGCGACGACCUGGUCGGACUCGGACUGCCUUGUGUGGCUCUCGGGGCUGUGCUUUAGUUGGAUUCAACCCUAAUAAUUUGUUUUUCUUUUUCGGAAAAUGUGGACUUUCUUUCUAUCGGUGUAGCCAUCUACGACCGCUAUUCCCUGUGCUCCUGCGACGUUGGUCUUUUACGGUUACAUUUAUUCAAGGAACCAAAUCCAAACUUAAUUAUUCAUAUCUU